UUCCAAGUCUUCGACCCAUCCUUCCUCACCACCAUCAUCGGCCCCAACGCCACCAUCCGCUCCGUAGCGUCAAACGCGACGUUCUCCUUCGCUCACGAGGCGCCGAUAUGGAAUCCCGAGACGAAUGUGGUCACAUUUACGAGUAACGAUGGGGGCGCAUUGGGGAUGAGCGAUCUGGAUCAUAACAGUAAAGUUGGGCAGAUCAAUAUCACAGAGGUGGAGAGUGCUCUGGCGAAUGCGAAUGGGACGGAGGCGGUAGAGGUGACCGUUACUGAACUCGACCUACCAGAGACUAUCCAGAUGACGAACGGAGGAACAGGUCCUUUCAGGGGUAAUCUAAUCCUCACCACAUCUGGCCGUGGCACGCGUCCACCAUCCGUCGUUCUCGUGAACCCAUCGCCGCCACAUAAUACUACAGUCCUUCUGGACAACUUCUUUGGACGGCAGUUUAACUCUUUGAACGACGUAAAGGUGCACCCUACAAGUGGGAAGAUAUUCUUCACGGAUGUGGUAUACGGAUGGUUGAACCACUUCAGGCCGAUGCCUUUGUUGCCGAAUCAGGUAUACAUGCUCGAUCCUGAUACACGAGCGGUGAAGGUCGUGGCGGAUCAGUUCGAUAAAAACAACGGGGUUGCGUUCAGUGGGGAUGGGAAGACGGCAUAUGUGACGGAUACCGGCUCAUCAGGCGGUUUCUUGGGGAAUAACCAGACAGAGGUAGCCACCAUCUACAAGUACGACGUAGACCCCAAAUCAGGCUCCUUCUCCAACCGCCGCACAUUUGCUUAUGCAGACACCGGCGUCCCCGAUGGCAUCCAAAUCGACACGAACGGCAAUGUCUUCGCCGGCUGUGGCGACGGUGUGCAGGUGUGGAACGACGAGGGCACGCUGCUGGGGAAGUUCUUCUUGGGAACGACGAGUGCGAAUAUGGUGUUUGCGGGGCCGGGGAAGUUGGUGAUUAUGGGGGAGACGGCGAUUUAUCUAGUGGAG